AUGCGGCUUAACAGGUGCUUUGGAGACAAAGGCGAUGUGGAAGAUAUCACCGAAGCUGAUAUCAUUUCAACGGUUGAGUUCGAUCACACUGGCAAUUACCUUGCGACAGGAGACAAAGGUGGACGAGUUGUACUGUUCGAACGGAAUGAGACGAAAAAGACGUGCGAGUACAAAUUUCACACGGAAUUCCAGUCUCAUGAGCCCGAGUUCGACUACCUCAAAUCUCUGGAAAUUGAAGAAAAGAUCAACAAGAUCAAGUGGUGUCGUCGUCAGAAUGCUUCUCACUACCUCCUCUCAACAAAUGACAAGACGAUUAAGCUAUGGAAGGUGUUUGAGAAGUCACUCAAGGUUGUCGCCGAGAACAACCUAUCCGAUGAUCUGACCCCCGCCAACAUCGCCGGUGGCGGGGGUGCCCCAAGACAAACCCCCGCGCAUCGCUUCAAGAACGCAGAGGACCUCAUCAUGCCCCGUCUUACCCACCACGAUACCGUUGUCGCCGCCGUGCCCCGCCGAACUUAUGCGAACGCCCAUGCCUACCACAUCAACAGCAUAUCUGUCAACAGUGACGGCGAGACAUUCAUCAGCAGUGACGACCUCCGUAUCAAUCUAUGGAACCUCAACAUCCAAGACCAGAGCUUCAACAUUGUUGACAUCAAACCAGCCAACAUGGAGGAGUUGACCGAAGUCAUUACCGCCGCCGAGUUCCAUCCGCUGAGCUGCAAUUGGUUCAUGUACGCAAGCUCUAAGGGCACCAUCAAACUUGCUGACAUGCGAGAGAGUGCCCUCUGCGACCGACACGCUAAGCGUACGUCGGAGACCCCUUUCGCGUCUAAUCUUGCCUCUUGCUGA